AUUAAAUAGUUGUGGUUAUCUAGUUAGGUUUUCGCCCGAUUGACAAAAAAUUGGGGAUCUGGAAGGAAUAAAUUUCUAAAGAUGUCUACAAACAUGCCUAGAACUGGUGAACGAAUAGCACUCAGCAAUUGGGCCAAGUUGAGAUUUUACGUUGUGAACAAAAAACCGGCUGCUGUUAAAGAAGCAGAAGCAAGCAAAUGGCUGACACUAAUUAGAGGCACAGAAAAAUUUUUCGGUGUUUCUGACAACCCCCAAGAAACUGAGGAAAUGAAAGAAAAGUGGCGGGCUCGUCUGAACCAACUUUACGGAGGUAAGGGCAUGAUGGUCUUGAAGGGCCAGCCAGCCAGUGGUGGGGAGGCAGAGGGUGGAAUGGAGAUGGGCCUCUUGGGGACUGAUUCAAUUGAUGGCAGGCUAGGGCGGGGUGAAUUGAUUAGUGAAUUGCUGCCCAAGAAAAAGAUGAUGCACCUGAAACCGAAAGAAAACGUUUUUAUGAUGACCUAUGAUGCUUUCAUGAAGAAAGAUAAAGGCGUGAAGGCGUUGAAAAGUCGGAGUUAUGCUCCCAGCGACACAGUAUGUAGAGAUUUUUUUUUUUUGGAAAUUUUAAUUGGUGUUUGUCGUUCGUCUGAUAAGAGAAAAGGAAAAUUUCAACUGUCCAGUGAACUUAGAUCGAUGUUGGAUGAAGAUUUUUUCAAGUUGCCUAUUGGUACUGGACAGAGAAGACUAGCCAAAUCGAAGAGAAUGGACACGGAUCAGGAUCGGGAUAUGGUCGAUAGUUUUAGGCCGCCUGGCAGAGAUAUGAUUGACCUGUCCAUCUUAGAAGAACUUUCCGACACGAACAAGCGCGAAUUUGGGACUGGAGGCUUCAUCGGCAGACGACUCUUCAACAUCGAGAAAGAUGAUUCUAAGAUCAGCAAGGAUGCUAUGAGACAGUUGCAGGAGAUGGGAGACGUCUUGCACAGGCCAUAUUUUACUUAUUGGGUCACAUUCGUUCAAAUCGUCUGCUACAUCGUCACUAUUUCUGUAUAUGGUUUGGCUCCAAUUGGCAUCAGUUCGAGAGCUGUCAAUGCAGAGAUAUAUUCAUCGAAAAUGUUUGUCGAGUCUAUAGCGCUCAUUGAGAAAGAAAAUUUUUGGAUUGGACCAAGACAGGAAGACCUAAUUCACCUGGGGGCCAAAUAUUCUCCGUGCAUGCGCAGAGACGCGAACGUCGUGGAAGCCAUCAAGAAAGAUAGAGCGCUGGAAAACGAAACUGCCUGCUGCGUUCGGAACGAUGGUCUGGGAUGCGUUCAGACGCCUGCCUCCAUGUGUUCGUCAAUCCUUUCAACUUGGCAUAAAACUGGCCAAAGUACGACAGUCUGCGGACAAGAUCCAAAUUAUUGUUCAGCUCCAGCUUCUCUAGACCCAUACAAAUGGCCUAAUGAUAUUAUAGACUGGCCCAUAUGUCUGAAAAGUUCUUUAACGAACGGCACAUCCCUGCAAGGAAUUCCACGUCACAUGACCUGCCAAGUGGCGGGAAAACCUUGCUGUAUUGGUAUUCAAGGGGAGUGCAUAGUAACGACCAGGGAAGAGUGUGAGUUUAAGAGAGGGUACUUUCACGACGAUGCCUUCUUGUGUUCUCAGGUUUCUUGCAUAGAGGAAACAUGCGGAAUGCUUCCAUUCUGGAAUUCAAACAGACCAGAUCAGUUCUACAGACUCUGGCUCUCUCUCUUCAUACACGCUGGCGUCCUACAACUCUUGAUAACGAUCCUCUUUCAAUUUUUCUUCAUGAGGGAUGUGGAGAAGAUGCUGGGCUGGCAUAGAACGGCUUUCAUCUACAUAAUGAGUGGUGUCGUCGGCAGCUUGGCCAGUGCCAUCUUCGUGCCCUAUCACGUUGAGGCCGGUCCGUCUGGCUCGCAGUUCGGAAUUCUCUCGUGCCUAUUUGUAGAGUUGAUAAACUACUGGCCCUUCCUAUACAAACCUUACAUCGCACUCAUUAAGCUCCUCCUAGUUCUGCUUCUCUUGUUUGUGAUUGGUCUACUGCCUAUGGUUGACAACUACGCUCAUCUGUUUGGUUUCAUUUUUGGGUUUUUACUUUCGUUCUCAGUUAUGCCACACGUCGAGUUAAACAUAGCCGACAGGAAAAAGAAACUGAUCGCCGUUUUUAUUUGUUUCUUUGGUAGUUUUGUUAUCUUGCUACUGCUGACGCUGCUCUUCUACGUGGUCCCCAUCUACGACUGCCCAUACUGCCAGUACUUCAGCUGCAUACCAUUCACAGAGACAUUCUGCAGUAGUAUGGAGGUCAAGAUUCGCAGAGAUGCUAACUGAUAGAGAGAGAGAGAGAGAGGGGGGGGGGGAGAGAGAAAACAAAUAUGUUUCAUUUUAUAUUGAAAAAUUAUUUAAGUUAAAGAAGACGAAUUAUUAUUUGAUAAAUAAUAAGAAUAUAUAUAUAUAUAUGUGUGUCUGUGUGUAUGUUUAUUUUUAGUUUGUGUUUUGUGCCUAUUCUUUAUUCUUUCUUAUUUUAUAAUUGUUAUUAUAAAUUAAUUAUAAAAAUUUUUGUGGUGGUAUGUUUGCUAGUUUUUUUUUAUCAUGCUAAUAAUUAAAUAAAUACAUGUAUAUAUGCUGGUAAAAGACCAUAAUUAAUAUGGUAGUUUGUGAAAUCCACCGAAUUUCUAGCGUUGAUUGGGACCUAUAUCUAUAUUUAAACAACAAUUCGGUAGAAUUCAUACAAUACUGUAUAAAAUAUGGUCUCCUU